AUAAGAGCCCAGCGAUGGGUUAAACACUGCUCUGAGAAGCGCUUGUGGCCUGCUGCUUUGCACGCCAGACACAGACACGGCGGCAUGGAGACGCUGCUCUUUCUAUUUCCUCAAUUCAACUACAUGGCCCCAAAGGAGGAAGCGUAUUUCAGAAUGCUCGGUCCAGAAGAGCUGCAGGCGGCGACGAUGAAGGACGACAGCAGCAGACAGAAAGACAAGGAGAGGAAGAGCCGACUAAGCCUUUUUCUCACCAAGUCGGGCUCCCAUGAAAACGUCAGCCCCCAUAAAAAGACCGACUCCGCAUCGAGCAAUAUUUCACCAGAGGCAGCUUUGCAAUGGAGUGACUCCUUUGAAGAACUGCUGAAGCACUCAGAUGGGAUUCAGACCUUCUCCCAGUUCCUCCGGACGGAGUUCAGCGAGGAAAACAUCGAGUUCUGGUUGGCCUGUGAAGAAUACAAGAGCAUUGAUUCAGAGACAAAACUGCUGUCCAAAGCCAAAUAUAUUUAUACCGUUUUCAUUGAAUCGGAAGCCCCCAAAGAGGUCAACAUCGACUACAACACCAAGAUGGAGAUCCAGAAGACCGUGGCGCGGCCCACAAAGAGCUGUUUUGAAGCGGCUCAGAUGAAAGUCUACAGCCUGAUGAAAAAGGACUCGUACCCCAGGUUCCUGCACUCUGACAUUUAUCUGCGUCUCACCAGGAGGAAAGGCCCCGGGGCCGCCAUGUUUCGCAGAAGGUCACGCUCCUGUGUGUUCAACGAGAGGGGAGAGGCCACGUCCGAGCCGGCAGCCUGGUAGCGGGCGCCGUCACAGCAGAGGCAGAUCGCUCUUUGAAGCAGCGGCUUUUAUGCAGCAGAUAAACCCUGAUUUGCAGCACAAUUGUUGAAACAUAAUGUGUGGUGCGGAAGUUUAUUGUCCGCAGGUUUGCUUCUGCAGAGAGCUUUUUUUUUUAUUUUAUAACCGCACACUGCACCGUGAUAACUUGAGAGUCAUAAUAAUUUAAAGGAACAUUUUGGGAAAUGCGCUUUCGUGUUUUUGUGCCAAGAGUUAAAUGAAAACAUGGCGAGAAAUCUGGUUUGUACGGCGAGCAGCUACGACUGCUGGCAAGUUUAACUCCGCAUUAAGAUGAGGAAUAGGAAGAAACAGACGCCCCGGAUCUAUAAGGAGUUUCAAACAACUUCCAGCGCUCGCUAAUUAAAAUGUUAUAUUUUGACAGUUUCAUUUGUGACAAGGGGGAAAGAAAGUGAAAGUGUUGCAUUGUGGGGUUUUAGGUGGGACUGUUUGCUGGCUGAGUGCAGAUCAGGUGCAGGUGAGGUAAGGUGAGCGUCUCCAGGCAGCGGCUUCAUGACCUGCAGUCCUGGGUGUCGUAUCGGCGCUGACAUCCAGCGCUUUGUAAAAAAAAAAAAAAACACAAGAACACAAAAAUUGGGAAGUAUUUCAACGUUCAGGGAGCACAGCUG